GUGCAGCCCCACUCCAAGGCCCACCAGCAGAUCCUGCGGUACUUUGGCACCGAGAUCCUCCUGGAGAACGGCGAGAUAAAUCGUGAGGCUCUCGGGAACAUCGUCUUCUCCCAGCCGGAGAAACGGCGGCUGCUGAACUCCAUCACCCACCCCGAGAUCCUGAAGGAGAUGCUGAAGCAGAUCCUGAAGUACUUUGUGCUCGGAUACCGCUACGUGAUCCUGGACAUCCCUCUGCUCUUCGAGACCCGCGGGUUGACCAAGUUUAUGAGAUACACGGUCUUGGUUUAUUGUGACCCCCCGGCGCAGCGCGCGCGGCUGAUGAGGCGGAACGGGCUGGACGCGGCCGCGGCCGACGCCCGGAUCAGCUCCCAGAUCCCACUGGAGGAGAAGCUCCAGUGGGCAACUCACGUCAUCGACAACUCCGGGGACCGGGAGAGCACCCGCCGGCAGGUGCUGCAGCUCCACGCCCGCCUCGAGGAUUCCCUGGAUUUCCUCUGGGCCCGGCUGGCGGCGGGCGCGGCCGUCGCCGGGCUCGGGGGGCUGGUGUUCCUCCUCCUGCGGCAUCUCAUCUCCUAAUUCACCUUUUCUCUUAGUCAGGGAAGGGGCCUGAAUUCCCUGGUUUGAAAAGGGCACCAAAAGGCCACCUCUGUUAAUGAGCUUUGCCAGCUGAAUGCAGACAGCGGGGAGAGGUGUCUCCUUGCACAGUUCCCAAGGUGAAUGUAGCCAGGGGGGUUUUUUCCGGCACCUUCUCCCUGCUCAGGUUUUCGCCCACCAGCUGUGCCUGUGGGGGGACGCUCUUGUUGUCCCCCCUGUGGGUCUCUAUGGUGGGACUUCGGUGAGUUGAGGCACUUUAAUCCAGGACGAUCUCAUUCUAAUCCAGCACAAUCUCACUUUAAUCCAGGACAAUCUUACUUUAAUAUGGGACAAUCUCACUUUAGUGUCUUCCAGGACAAUCUCUUCCCUGGGAAGAGGUGGCCUCUUGGGCCCUGUCCCUGCCAACAAUGUCCCUGGGGUGAUCCCCUGCAGUUUAGCCCUCCUAAUCCGAGUUUAGACCUGGGAUUUCCCCUCUUUCACAUUGAUUUAAUGGAAACGUGUUAAAUCUGCCUGGGGGGGAUGGACAGCACCUCGUUCACGUGGGUCGGGUGUUCAGGUGGCUGCUCCCCUCCCUCCUGCCCUCUAAUUCUGUGACCAUCACUCGUGGAUCGCCCUUGUCUUUGGAUCCAAGGGUCUGAUACGCCCCGGAGCGGGCAGAGAUCUGGGCUCUGCCUCGUUCAGACUCAUUUCCUGCUGUUUGAGCUUCCUUCGGCGGCGCUUUCCCGGCGGGAGAGCCGAGCCUGGGCGAGGCGGGUGCUGGCUCUUCACUUUUGUUUUAAUAAAACACUGAACAGCAGCUGC